AUGAGUGGAUUGCAGAAGCCUCAUGUUGUGGCGGUGCCAUUCCCAGCGCUGGGUCACUUCAUUCCUUUUCUCGACCUCGCAAAACUCCUCGCUUCCAAUGGCCUUGCAGUCAGUUAUGUCACAACGCCUGGAAAUGUCACCUUCCUGCAGGAUUACAUCGAUCAAGCUCUCGAUAUCAAGCUUGUUGCCCUUCCCACGCCCGCCGUGGAAGGCUUACAAGGACGAGAGAGGAGCGAUUUGUGUCCGUGGGAGUCGAAAAACCUAAUCUUUGAAAUGGCAGAAAGGCUCCAAAGCCCUUUCGACGCUUGGAUGGAGCAGCAAUUCCACCAACAAAAAGCAGCACCUCCUGUGUGUCUUGUUUACGAUACGUUUACAGGGUGGGCUGUAGACACAGCCCAAAAAUAUAACGUCGCCAGUAUUUUGUUCAAUACCUGUGGGGCCUUUGCAACAAGUCUGCUGCAUUCCAUUUCCUGUUCAAUAUUGCAGAACGCGUUGGAGAAAGACGGGGAGGACAGUCUUGUGGUGAGCUUCAUUAAUCUGCCUCGUCCUCUCAGACUGUUUAAACAUGAGGUAUCCCCACUUUACUUCAAUCCAGAUCUUUCAAACUUCAUUCAACGUUAUGCUAGUCAGUGUUACCAGCAGAUUGGCAAAGGCUCGGGAAUACUGAUCAAUAAGUUCCAUGAGCUCGAGCCUUUCUAUGUCCAACAUUUGAAAAGUUUGACGGCUAAACCAGUUUGGGCCAUAGGCCCUGUGCAUCCAAAAAAUUUAUCUGGGGGAUCAGGUAAUGUUAACACUACAGGGAAAAUGGUGGGCAUCAAUGAACAAGAACUAGUUUUCUGGCUGGAUUCGCAAAGCCCUCGUUCCGUUGUGUAUGUUUCUUUUGGAAGCCACACUUUCUUAUCAGAAGAACAAACGCAUGCCUUGGCCAGAGAGGGCUUUCUGGAGCGAACAAAAGAGAGAGGGUUAAUCAUACGCGGCUGGGUUCCGCAGCUUGUAAUUCUUUCCCAUGUUUCGGUGGGUGCCUUCAUAAGCCACUGCGGAUGGAACUCUGCACUGGAAAGCAUUUCUCUUGGUGUUCCAAUUCUUGCAUGGCCCAUGUUUGGAGAUCAGCACUUCAAUUCAAAGCUUUUUGCAGAAUUAGGCGUAGGAAUUCAGUUCUGCCAACACAGAGAUGAGAUUCCGAAGGAGGAAAGAGUAAAGGAGGUUGUGGCAAUGGCUCUACUUGGGCAGAAAAAAGAAGAGAUGAGAGAGCGCGCAGAGAAGGUGAGGGAGAUGGCUACAAACGCUAUCAAAGGGGAAGGAUCUUCAGUUGCCGAUUUGAGAGGUUUUGUCAGUGACAUGCAUAAGUUAAAUUCCAGACCGACUGAGCACAAGAGAGGUGGAAUGGAAUCUUGA